AUGGAUGAAGCAUUGACGCCUUUGGACUGCUUGCUCCCCUCAGGUAAUCAGAAGAUUUGCCUGAUCCUCCUCAACCAACCCAUUGAUAAGAACUACUUGGACAUCCUGUGGAAAAAAGCUCUGUUAAAGGCUUGUGCUGAUGGAGCUGCCAACCAUCUCCACAACAUCACUGCUGGAUGCCGCGACAGCUUCCUGCCAAACUAUAUCAGUGGGGAUUUUGAUUCUAUUACGGCGGAGGUGAAGGCUUUCUAUGCAGACAAGGGAUGCAAGCUUAUGGAAACUGCUGACCAAGAUUUCACAGAUUUCACCAAAUGUUUGUCAAUCAUGUUGGGACAGAUUCAGCAGCAGCAGUUGCAGGUUGAUGCCAUUGUGACUCUGGGAGGCCUGGCCGGAAGAUUGGACCAAACCAUGGCUUCUAUAGAGACUUUGCAUCACGCCCUUAACAUGACUACUCUCCCUGUCAUCAUUAUACAAGAAACAAGUCUGGCUAUGCUGCUCAGACCCGGCAGCCACACACUGGAGGUGAACACUGGGCUGGAGGGAGAGUGGUGCAGCUUAAUUCCAGUUGGAGGUCCGUGCCAAACCUGCACCAGCGGACUCAAGUGGAACCUUGAUAAUCAAGUCUUGCAGUUUGGAAAGCUGGUGAGCACAUCCAACACGUAUGAACCACAGCCUCCAGGAGAACCAAGAAAACCUGUGACCAUCACCACCGACCAGCCGCUGCUCUGGAGCAUGGGCGUCCGCAAACUCUGA